AUGCUGGUGACGUCACUCGUAAGGGAAUGAAUGAAGCGUCAUCUUUCAGGAUCAGCUUCUGCAGCGCGAGGCCUCACUGCACGCGCAAACACAACAUUACAUAGGACUAACUACAUUUAUUAACCUCCAAAUCAUAACAUAUAAACGCAAGACAAUGUGGAGCGCCGGAGCGGUGAGUUUUGUGCUAAUCGCGUGUUUCUCCUGCGCGUCGGUGAGCGCGGACGGGCUGGUGAACGAGGACGUGAAGCGCACGCUGGAUCUGAGCACUCACCUCGCGAAGAUAACAGCGGAGAUUCAGCUCGCGAAUCACGGAUCCUCGCGAGUGCACAGUUUCACGCUCGCGCUGGAGGCCGAGCUCGCGCCGCAUCUGGCCUUCAUCGGUGCUUCUGUAAAGGGGGAGGAAGAUGAAGAUGAAAGCCUAGAGCUGAAAGAGAAAACUAUCCAUGGACAGAGUGGCAAAUUCUUCGAGGCACAGUUACCAUCUUCUCUGGCGCCGGGUGCUAAACUGCGGGUUAAGGUUGAGACGGUGUUCAGUCACGUGCUGAAGCCUUUCCCCACCCAGAUCACCCAGGCCGAGCGACAGCUGGUGGUCUUCCAGGGGAACCACUACCUGUACUCCCCGUACCCCACCCGCUCCCAGACCACCCGUGUUCGCCUGGCCUCCAAAACCGUGGAGAGCUAUACCAAACUGGGCAACCCCAGCAAGAGCGACGAGGUCAUUGAGUAUGGACCAUUCAAAGAUGUACCUCCCUUCAGCCAGGAUGCCAUGAAGAUCCACUAUGAGAACAACACACCCUUCCUUACCAUCAGCAGCAUCACUCGAACCAUCGAGGUCUCUCACUGGGGCAACAUCGCCGUUGAGGAAACCAUCGAUCUGAGACACACUGGUGCCUACCUGAAGGGGCCUUUUUCCCGCUAUGACUACCAGAGACAGUCUGAUAGUGGCAUUUCCUCAGUCAAAUCUUUUAAGACCAUCCUCCCAGCCUCUGCUCAGGAUGUGUACUACCGCGAUGAGAUCGGGAACAUCUCCACCUCUCACCUCCAAGUUCUAGAUGAUUCCGUAGAGGUUGAAAUCCGUCCCCGUUUCCCAUUGUUCGGUGGCUGGAAAACACAUUACUACAUUGGUUAUAAUCUUCCCAGCUAUGAAUAUCUCUAUAAUCUGGGAGAUCAGUAUGCCCUGAAGAUGCGUCUGGUCGAUCAUGUCUAUGAUGAUCAGGUUAUUGACCAGCUAACUGUGAAACUGAUCCUUCCUGAAGGAGCCAGAAAUAUCCACAUGGACACUCCCUACCCCAUCACCCGCAGUCAGGACGAGCUCCAUUACACUUACCUGGACACCUUUGGCAGACCUGUGCUGGUGGCCACCAAGAAUAAUCUGGUUGAGCAGCACAUUCAGGACGUUGUGGUUCACUACAACUUCAAUAAGAUCCUGAUGCUGCAGGAGCCAUUGUUAGUGGUGGGAGCGUUCUACAUCCUCUUUUUCACUGUCAUCAUCUACGUGCGCCUCGACUUCUCCAUCACCAAGGAUCCAGCAGCAGAGGUGCGUAUGAAGGUGGCCUCCAUCACCGAGCAGGUCUUGACUCUGGUCAACAAGCGUCUAGGUCUGUACCGCCACAUGGAUGAAGUUGUGAACCGCUAUAAGCAAUCCCGGGAUACCGGAGCACUGAACAGCGGCCGCAAGACCCUGGAGGCCGAACACCGAACCCUCACCAGUGACAUCACUGCUUUACAAGCCCGUCUCAAAGCAGAGGGCUCCGAUCUGGCUGAAAAAGUUGGUGAGAUACAGAAGCUGGACGGCCAGCUGAAGGAUCUAGUGUGCCGAUCCUGUCAGGAAGCCGAGCGGCUGGUGGCCGGAAAGGUGAAGAAGGAUGCCUACAUCGACUCGGAUAAAAACCUGGCAGGCAAGAGGCAAGAGCUGGUCAGCCGCAUCGACAGCCUCCUGGACGCCUUGUAAAUCAAACAUCAGAUGUCCAUUCUUCAGCCGGGCCAUGAAACAGCCACCGCCCUCGAAACAGUCACACGGACUGGCAGACCAACAGUGUACACUCAUACAAUAUGCAUCAUUCUGUGAACAUCAUGUUGGUGCCUUUGUAGGAUGUGCAUGUUGUUUUGUGUUGCUGAAUAUGUGUGUGUGAUUGUGGAAGAGGGUUCCGUGUGUGUGUUCUUGGAUGCAGAAUUUUUUUUUUGUUGCUGAAUGUCAGAUGCAGUCUUCAUUAUCACAGUCCACCAACCUGCUUACUUUUCAGAGUUUUUGGAAUCGGGUUUGAAUUUAAAUUCAAUUAGUUCCACAACCCCUCAUAGUAAUCUCACCUGAAAAACGCUGCACUUACUGUUUCCAAAAAAAAAAAAAAAAAAAAAAAAAGAGAGAGAAUGAUCUACCCUCAUCCUAAAACACAAGUAUGGAACAUCAGGUGCUGAAAUCGUUGACAUUGAUAUCAUGUUUGCAAAUUUUCUAUUGGGUUUUUAUUUCUCACAUUUUUGUAUCAUUUUGAUUUUUUUUUUUUUGUAAGUGAUGUACUUCAGUUCCACAGUGAAUGACAUGAAUGAGAUUGAUUUUUGAAUUUGCUGGUGAAAUAUUUUCAGUCCGUAAAUAAACAAGGGGUUUAAAACCGGA